AUGAGCCCAGCCCGCACGCACGCCCCCCCGUCAUGUGAUCAGUGACUGAUCUCCCUGUGAGAUUCCAUCUUCUGUGCUGCCCCCCUCCCCCGAUAAUACAUGUAUCAUGCCCAAUGGGGAGGGAGCUGGGCCUGGGGGGGCCUCAAAUCACCCCUCAUUAAUGCCCUCUUGCCCCCCUGCCCAGCUCAGCCUGGAGGAUUUCACAGCAUAUGGGGGAGUCUUCGGCAACAAGCCCGACAGCGCUUUCCCCAGCCUGGAGAGCGCCCUGGCGGGGGCCCCCUCAACCCUGGUGCUCCCAGCUGUGCAGGGGGCGGCGGCCGCCGGCGUCUUGGGGCUGCUGAAAGAGAAGCUGGGGCUGAGCCCCCUGCAUGUGGAGCCGGGCACCCUGAGGGAGCUUCGCCUCAACGCCAGCCUGCCCGCCCUGCUGCUGGUGCGGCUGCCCUACACCGCUGGGUACGUGCCCCAU